UCCGCAGAGCCGGGGCUGAGCUUCCCGGGUCAGACGCUGCCGCCGCCUCCAUCGUGAGCCGGGAGCCCGGGCUGAGCCGCUGCUGCUCCCCAGCGGGGUGUGUGCGGGAGAGCCCUUCCCUAGCGCCCCUCGGGGCCCAGCCGGGGGGACUUUCUCCGGGGGCUGGAACCAGCCCCUGAGCCGGAGCCUGCAGAUGCACAGAGAUGGUGGAGUGCUGUGCUGGGGGAAGGAGGGCAUAAGAGACCUAACAAGCAGGCAGGAGAAAAGGCUGCAGAACAUUAGCUCCAGGUCAUCCCAUCCCAGCAUGAGACGGAGAAGUGACAUGGCCGUAGCAAAGCCUGUGAUCUUCGAGGAGGUGGCGGUGUAUUUCACCAAAGGGGAAUGGGCUCUGCUGGACCCGGGUCAGAGAGCCCUCUACAGGGAUAUCAUGCAGGAGAAUUAUGAGAUUGUGACCUCACUGGACUGCAGAAUAACGUCUAUGUUUCACUACAGAUCAUCCCAUCCCCUUAAGAGACAGAGAAGGGAAAUGGCUGCAGUGGAGCUGGUGACCUUCGAGGAGGUGGCUGUGUAUUUCUCCGAGGAGGAAUGGGCUCUGCUGGACCCGGGUCAGAGAGCCCUGUACAGGGACGUCAUGCAGGAGAAUUAUGAGACUGUGACCUCACUGGCAGGAUUUCCAAUUUCCAAACCUGUUGUGAUCUCCUGGCUGGAACGAGGGGAGGAGCCUUGGGUCUCUGAUAUCAAAGGGUACAAAGAAAGGGAGAGCCCAAGAGAUGCCCACACAGCAGCUAAUGGGACGGUGAGUGAGAAUGAGGAGAAGAAUCCUCAGCCAGAGGAACUGCAUGGAGUGCUGUUGGAAAGAGCCGAAGAGGACGUUUCCCAGAGUCCUGAGCAGGGAGAAGCCCGUGAGAGCCAGCACAGGCCAGAGACACAGCAGGGAAUCCAGCCAGGGGAGAGAUGGGAUAAAUUGAUUCAUCGGCGCAAAAAGGCGAAGAAAAUGAAAGAAACUGUUCCGCAGAGAAUCCCUGCUGGAGAGAGACCCAACACAUGCGGUGACUGUGGGAAAAACUUCUGUUGGAGAUUAGACCUGAUUAGACACCAAAGAACCCACACGGGAGAAAAACCCUAUAACUGCCCUGACUGCGAGAGAAGCUUCAGACGGAGCUCAACCCUUAUUGAACAUCAGAGAAUCCACAGUGGAGAGAAGCCUUAUAAGUGCCCUGACUGUGAGAAAAGCUUUCGUUGGAGCUCAAACCUCACUACACAUCAGAGAUUCCAUACAGGAGAGAGACCCUAUAAGUGUCCUGAAUGUGAGAAAAGCUUCUGUUGCAGCUCAGACCUCACAAAACACCAGAGAACCCACAGUGGAGAGAAGCCCCAUAAGUGCCCCAACUGCGAGAAAAGCUUCAGAAGCAGGUCAGAACUCACUCAGCACCAGAGAACCCAUACGGGAGAGAGACCCUACAGAUGCACUGUAUGUGGGAAAAGCUUCCCUCAAAGCUCACAGCUUCUGCUACACCACAGAAUCCACACGGGAGAGAGACCCUAUAACUGCCCCAACUGCGGGAAAAGCUUCAGUUGGAAAUCAAACCUUAUUAAUCACCAGAGAAUCCACACGGGGGAGAGACCCUAUAAUUGUCACGACUGUGGGAAAUGCUUCAAUCAGAGCUCAAACCUUAACAAACACCAGAGAAUCCACAGAGGACAAAAGCACUAGAAGUGUCAUACUAGUGAUGGGCCAAGUGAAUAACACCUUUGCUGGUUCCCAUCAAUCUGAGAGGGUCAGGCCAGGCUGGACUGGCCGUCUAACAAGGACAUGCAACAGUUAUUAAAGCAGAGAAUGAAACCACCUUCUUGGAACAGAGCCAUGCAGAGCAAGAGGCUGAGAUAAGAUUCACACAUUGUGAUGGGGUUUGAUUACAACUUCUCAAGAAGUUCUGAACAUCCUCUGAUCGGCUCUUACAGUUUAGUUUGGUGCUAGUAACCUAGAACCAUCUUUAUUUUAUAAGCUGCAAAUUAUUGUUUAUUCCUGAUAGUGUCUUAAGUGGAGGGGAGGGUGUCUUAAGCUCUGCCCCUGUCAUGGAGAAAGAUGCCUAUGUUCAGUCUGCAGGGAGACACCAAUCUCUGCUUACCAUUCACAAACCAGGAAUGACAGGCACUCCUCUGGCUAUGGGCCACAUUCAGUAGGAGUGUUCAGAGGCUGCCUAACUCCACUCAAAACAACCUGACUGGGGGAAGAGGAGGCUUUACCUCAUAACCUUUAGCCCAGUGGUUAGGGCACUUACCCAGAGGGGAGAGACCCAGUUCAAGUCUGCCUGAUCAGAAGAAGGGCUUUGCAACCUCUGUGGUGAGUGCCCAGGUACUGAGCUAUGGGAUAUACUGAUGGGUGGGUGGGGCCUCUCAGUCUACCCUGUGGAAGCUGUUCCACUGUGCAAAAAUACUAAAAGACUCAUUGGGCCAAAUAGACUGAAAAUGAUGUUAUAGGACACCCUGCAGCAAGGUGGGAGACCCAGGGUCCAGUCCCUUGCUCCAGUGUUGCUUUCAGUAUCUAUUCACAGGGCUCUGUCCUGUGAGAUAGUCAAUUCCUAUUCAAAUCCCUUCUCAUCAGGCAGAGGAGGGGACACUUCAAGUGUGUGUGUCGGGGGGGGUAUCGUCUCCCACAUCCUUUUCAAGCACCCUAACCACUGGGCUGAAAAUUAGGAGGGAGGGCCAUCUCCUUUCACCCUCCCCCAGCCUCCCAGCUAUUUUGUGUGGAGCUAGGCAGCCUCUGAACAUACCUAUCAGAUUGAGCCUCUGGCUACCUUCCCCUCAUCUGUGAGUUGCGCUGAGGCUUAGGGGAGAGGCUAGGGCUUGGGUGCCUAGGGUGAGACAGCCGCAUGCACAUCCAGAAGCAGGAACAUAGGCAUCUAGCGCAGGGGUUCUCAAACUGGGGGUUGGGACCCCUCAGGGGGUCGUGCGGUUAUUACAUGGGGGGGUCACGAGCUGUCAGCCUCUGCACCAAACCCCGCUUUGCCUCCAGCAUUUAUAAUGGUGUUAAAUAUAUUAAAAAGUGUUUUCAAUGUAUAAGGGGGGUCGCACUCAGAGGCUUGCUAUGUCAAAGAGGUCACCAGUGCAAAAGUCUGAGAACCACUGAUCUAGAGGAUUUUUACUGCAAAAAUGUAGGUGUCCGAGUGAGGUUAAGAGCCUACAGGGAUAGAUGGCACCUGAGUGGGAGUGCUGUUAUCACAGGGGUGCCUAGAAAGGUGCCUAAGAACCUUUGUGAAUCCCCCCCGCCACCUUACUUAGUACAAUGCCUACAUACAGAUGAAGAGAUGGGCUCAGUUAGAUUGUCAGUGUGAUGUCCUGACUUGGCUCUGGGCACUGAGCAGGACAAUGAUUUAUUUGUGACUUUCUUGCUUUGAACCAGAAAGUUCGGGUUGGUCCUGCUUUGACCAUGGGAUUGGACUAGAUGACCUCCUGAGUUCUCUUCCAACUCUAAUCUUCUAUGAUUCUGGAAGAAUGGGGUGGAUCUGAGUCUCAGGGUAUGAAAAUGGGCAUUUGUGGAGCUGGGGCCUCCAAGAAAGUCUCUUAUGGGUCUGUUUUACACAGUAUAAACUAUCAAGUGUGAUUACACUGGGGUUCUGUUUUUUAUUCCUAUUAGUUCCCAUCAACUCAUAGAUCUGGAAGGUUUAACUAGAUGUCUGAGUUACUGACUAUUACCAGUAGCGUUACACACUUCUUCUGUCAUGGAUCUGCAGUUCCCCAUUUUGAGACCUGUAUCCUUUACAAAGUCCUCUAUGACUACAUUCCACAGAAUUCAUAAUUAAUCUGAUUACAUGUAGAAUCCAGGUUCACUAAAUACACUGUAGUUCCACUGUUAUUAACUUCUUAUUUCAUUUUUCUGAUGCAGGCAUUUAGCACAAAAAUAUAAAAAAAGCACUUUAGACUCAGGACAGUGAAAAUACAUAGAAAUUAAUUCCCUGGAAUGUAAUAAUAGCUGAUCAACCUUUGUGGACAUUAAUGGUGUUGUGAUUCCUUCUGUGGUACCUAAAUGUCUGAUUUUGACCCCUGAGUAUGCAAUUUUCAUACGCUUUUCCUUAAAAGUGAUACCAUUACGAUUUAAUGAAAUAGCUCACACUUGACUCAUGUAUUCUUGCAUUUAAACAUAUGCAAAGCCUGAUUUUAGGCCAAGUUACCUACAGUUGAACGCUGAAAUGAGUUAAAUGGUUUAAUUACCCUCUUUCCUGAAUCCAGAGUUAACAGACUUUUCUAACAAUAUAAAAGUUGUCUUAUGACUUUGAAAAGGAGUGUACAGCUUUAAGAGAAGGAAUAAACAAAGGCGUUUCUAUGUCCCUACAUGUUCUAGACCCUAAACAAGUGACCUGUCCUCCUCUCCCAUCUGUUGUUGUAGAUUUAUAUGUAACAUUUUAAAUAAGCCUAAGUGGCUCAUGACCAUGAGUGCAGACUGUCAGAAAUCAGGCAGACACCUGGAGCUGGAGCGGUGUCCCUAUAAUUAGGGUUCACCAAGCCAGGAACAAAUGUGAACACCUGCAUCACGAUACCAGUCUUGCCAUGGAGUCACAGACACUCCCCUCAGUGCCUCCUGUCUGUCUUGCCACCCAGGCAGUGAUGAGUGAUAAAUGGUCACUUAUACAAAAGAUCACAAAAUAUUCAGGUUGCUUCCAGACCCAAGAGCCCAGUCACUUACCCCAGAUCAAUUGGUACCCUAGAUCUUACACGAAAGACAAUGUCUGUAGCCAGUCCUGUAAUAAACUAUCUAUCUAAAGGUUUAUUAACUAGGGAAAAGAAAUGAGUUAUUGACAGGUUAAAGCAAGCGAACACAUACAGACAAAUGAGUUACCAUCUAAAUCCUAAGUGACAGUGUCUGUCAAUUCAAAGUAUCUUUCAGGGCAGACCCAGGAGAUAACCCCUGGGGAUCUCUGGCUUCAGUUUGGUUUCUCUGGCCCUGUGAGAGGUCAAAUGCAAAGAGAGGAAAAAUCUUCACAUCAACUAUUUUUAUUUCCCUCUUCUAGCAUUCAAAGCUCUGGGACAAGGCUUCUGCACAUACUUCUCCAUGAGUGGAUGGGACAAUUAACAAAGUCUUUGUCUUUUAAUGGCCCAUUUAAAUUUUGAUAGUUCUCCUGGAUGGGCUGGGGGGAUUAUUUCCACAACUGGGUUCACAAGUUCAGAGCAAACAUUUUCAAAGUUAUAAAGCAAAACUUACAUAUUUCCUUAUAGCCUGGAAUACGAAUAUUACAAGUGAGAUUAAUGCAUACAGUAAUUUACAAGCAUUUCAUAGAGUCUAAACACUAAAUACAUUCUUACAAGACUAAUACCUACUUUGAGCAAAACUAACAUACAGAUGAACUGGACUGGUUUCCAGCGCUGAGUUUGUCAGUUCUUAGCUAAUGCUUGCAGCCUUGGCAAGAGCUGGCAUCUGGUCUGUAACUAAAACUGAUUUAGUGCUGCUUUAAACUGUGUGCUUGCACUGCAAAUAACUGCCACUUAUUGUUCAUGCCUUGUGUGUAUUGUGCUGAGCUCACUUCACUUACCUUACUAAUUUACUGCUUAAAUGAGCCACCCUUCAAUUUUUGGUUUGAAGAAUACAUAACUAAAACUCAUCUGUACUUAUUGUGUUAUCAUAGUUUUGAGGAAAUUCAUUGUUUGAUGGUUAAUUUUGUUUUGUUGUCC